AACUGCUGGAGUACUUCAGCAACAGACAUCCAGCAUCUCUGCCCUCAAUGAUCUGUGUCAAAGUCCAAAAUGAACCACACUUGGACAUACAACUUGAGCUUUGGUGCACCUGCAGAUCCUGUUGAGCCAAGGGCUGGACUCACAAGAAGUGGGCACACAGUAGUGGCUGUUUUUCUUGGAUUCAUCUUUUUUUUUGGUUUCUUGAAUAACUUUAUUGUCCUCAUCCUCUUCUGCAAAUUUAAAACCCUGCGUAACCCAGUCAACAUGCUCCUCCUGAACAUCAGUAUCAGCGACAUGUUAGUGUGCAUCUCAGGCACUACCCUCAGUUUUGCAUCUAACAUCCGUGGCAAGUGGAUUGGAGGGGAGCAUGCUUGUAGGUGGUAUGGCUUUGUCAAUUCCUGCUUUGGAAUCGUGUCCCUGAUCUCCCUGGCCGUCCUGUCCUACGAGCGCUACAGCACUCUCACCCUGUGCAACAAGCGCAGCGAUGACUACCAGAAGGCAUUGCUGGCAGUUGGAGGUUCAUGGAUUUAUUCCCUGAUCUGGACUGUGCCACCUCUGAUCGGUUGGAGCAGUUAUGGGGUAGAAGGUGCAGGUACAAGCUGUUCAGUACGCUGGUCCUCAGAGUCAGCUGAGUCCACAUCCUAUAUCAUCUGUCUCUUCAUAUUCUGCUUGGUCGUCCCUGUGAUGGUGAUGAUGUACUGCUACGGUCGCCUCCUUUAUGCAGUUAAACAGGUUGGAAAAAUCCACAAGAAUGCUGCCCGCAAAAGAGAAUACCACGUACUGUUCAUGGUGAUCACUACAGUUAUUUGUUAUCUUGUGUGCUGGAUUCCCUAUGGAGUUAUAGCAUUACUUGCAACAUUUGGUAAGCCAGGUGUCGUGACUCCAGUUACAAGCAUCAUACCUUCCAUCCUAGCAAAAAGCAGCACUGUUUGCAAUCCCAUUAUCUACAUACUUAUGAAUAAGCAGUUUUACAAAUGCUUUCGUCAGCUUUUCCACUGCCAAUCUCCUUCCUCCACUAAUGGAGAGCCCACCUGCCACUCCAAGGUAACUGUUAUCCAGCUGAAUCAAAGGACGGAUGGCGGAAAUGUGUGCAAUAAUGAACCAUAUCCAGAAAGAGACAGUAAAGUGACUUCUCUCCUGCACUCAGAGCUAAGCCUGGAGCCAAUUUCAAAAGCUAUACCACCACAGUCUUAGGAAAAUUGGCUCUGAUGGAAAGUACAAGCCUUAACCAAAGUGUGUUUUAUUUCAUUGCCACAUCACUAAGCUUACUUUAAAAGUAAUAAAGGAAGUUGCCAUUUGUGGGAUUGGAAAACUGUCAAGAACAAAAAUUGUGACUCUUUCAUAAUCUCCUUAAUAACAGUAAAGAUAGACACAUAACUGCCAGGUAUGGUUCCAUGAUGACAAAAUUUUAAAUGGUAUCAUUGGCUUUCCUGUAAAUUAAUUAAAGGAGGACUUAC